AGAAAUUAACAUCAAAUAGCAACCUUUCAAGAUAUGUAGAAUAACGUCUUUACUGGUGGUCAGUUUGAAAAAUAAAGACGAGGUUUUUUAGUUCCGUUUUAUUAGAGAAGGGCAAUAUUUGAAUAAUAUGGCUGAAACACAUCCAGUUGGUUCUAACGACAAAGACAUUGGCAGCUAUAUGGACAUGAAACAUAUUAAAAUGGCAGAUGUACCAGAAGAUUCAGCAAACUUACAUAGAGAAGUGAAAGAAUCCACUCCCGAAGCAAGACCAAAUAGUGCUGCUCCAGAAAAAAAAGAUGAAUCUCCUUUGUCAGAUCUUCUUAGGGAAACAAAAAUUGCGGUGAGGCAAAAGUUGGGAAGAGAUUUUGAAAAAGAAGACAUUGCAAAUACAGAAGAUAGGGAUGGAGCGAAUAUUGGUGACAAAAAUGAAUGCUGUGGAGAUUCAAAUUCAGAAAGCUUAGAAAAGAAAAUGAAAGAAUUGGAUUAUGAAACACUCCGAGCAAUAGCAAUAUCCGGAGAUAGAGAUCCAAAUAAGAGAAGAUCUGAGGGUGAGGGAGAUGGAAAUGAUGCAGAAGAAACAAAAGGUGAUAUCGAAGAAGUCGCGGCAUCCUGUGAAGAUGAUGCUUCACCUACUGCUGUAGAAGAUCAUGAUACAGAAGUUACAGAAGUCAAAAAGAAGGAUGAAAACGAAAGAAUUGAAGAUGUCUUCCAAAAAGAAAUCAUUCCAAGAUUUGCAGGUACAACAGAAUUUAAAAAAUAUGCAAGAGCUAGCAAUGGAUUGAAUAUUGAUGACAUAGAUCUUUCUGAUUUAUUUGAAAACAAUCCGAAAGACAUUAAAGAAUUCAAGUUUUCUGUCCUUCUGUUCUGGAAGCAAAAAAAUAAAGAUCGAGCUACAUGUGAAAGAAUACGUAACAUAACGGAUGCCUAUUUAUCUUCAUAUACUUGUACUGAGAAUCCGCAAGUUUCCAACAAGAGUGGGGUGGAUCGCAGUCAUCCCAACCCUGGUGGAGCCGAAGAUCCACAAGCUCCCAACAACAGUGGUGCGAAUCCCAGUCUACCUAUCCCUGGUGGAGCCGAAGGAACAUCUAACACAGGUUUUAAUGAUGUAUUUCAAAAUGAGAUUAUACCGGCAUUUGCGAGUAUUGGAGAAUUCAAACAGUUUGCUCGUGAUUCGAAUGGAUUGAGGCUGGACUCUGCUGUCGUCAUUGGGGUUGUGGCAGAUCACCCAACAAGCACCCAUGAUCAAAUGAUGAAAAUGUUGCGAAUUUGGAAGCAAAACAACAAAGGUGCUACUCCAGAUGAUAUCAUCAAGAUCAAAAACAAAUAUUAAUGAAAAAAUCUAAUAUGGGUGAUGGACUAGGAUGGAAGUUCUUGGUUUUUUUUUUCAUUCCCAUAGACAAUAGAUUUAAGUCCUACCAUUUUGAAUUUGUAUUAAUGAUCUCCAAAUUGCUUUAAUUCAUAUUUAAGUAAUAUAAUUCCUAAAGAUGAUUACAUUCUAUACCUAAUGGCAUCAGUGCCUUUCCUAUUUAUAUAUUGUGGUUUAUGAUAUUUACAAUCUGGAUUGCAUUGUCUCUUAUAUAAGACAUCUUCUCGAUUAAAUUUUAUUAAAAAUUCGAGUUCCAAAUCUAACUGUUAUUCUAAGAAUUCAGCUCGUCAUUUACUCUAUCUCUCUUUUUAAUGAUAGUACGCAUCAAAUGUGUAUUAUUUAACACUGCUGAUUUUGUUAUAUUUGUGCUUAAAAUAUGCAGAUUUUUGGGGGGGAGGGGGGAGUGUAACUGUUGUUAUUAAAGCAAACAUUUUGAAUGUGUCAUCUGUAUAGAAUUUAUGACUUUUCUUAAUUUUUGAUAGAAAUGAUUGUGCCUUUUAUUAUUAUUAUUAAUUAAAGAUCCAUUGAAGUUUUUAUUCGUUGACUAAAUUUAAACAGAGCUUUUUACACGUUAACCACUUAGAGGUAGAAAUCCGCUAAGGUCUUUUAUUGUCCGAAUAAAUUUUCACAAUCUGUAUGUGGCAUUGUACUUAAAUACACCAUUGUUUAUAACCAGAUCUGAGAAUUGAGUACAAAAUCUCCUACCUGUGAUCAUGGUCUCAACUAUUUAGUCGCCCUAUAAAAAUAGAUUGUAUGAGUCAAAAUGGGUAGAAAUAAGAAUAAUAAAAUGAAGAUUUUGUAAUAAAAAGGAAUUUGGGUUCACACUGUAUCGCCAUUUAACCUGCAAGUACUGUACUUUUAGUUUAAUUUUUCUCACGUCAAUUGGUAUUUGAUACAUGCAAUUCUACACUAAUUCUUUAUAGUCUUAGCAGCACUUUCCAUGGUCACCCGUAACCUCGCUUAGAGAUCGAUCUCCCUAAUUUUGGAGUGAGUGGAAGUGAUCCUGCUAUGAUCAAUUCAUACCCAGAAUUUACCUAACCUCCUACCAUCGUUUCAACAAAUUGAUAUUUUCGACAAUAAAAUAACUACAACUGCUUUUCCAUUGUGCAUUUACUGUUAUAAUGCAUGAACUUUAUUGAGUUUUGUUUUUAAUUCAGCAUUUCUGUAUUGUGACUUGUGAGUUUAAUUUCAUAUUGAAGUUUAUUUACUGAUUUUUAAUAACUGAAACUUUGAAUUGAAGCUUGGAGAUUAAAAAUUAAGAAUCUACUCUUUUGAAACUAAUAAUGUAUUUAAAUUUUGAAGAAUAUUCAUAAUGAAUUUUAUCGAAGUUAGUUUGUUUGUAUUUAUAUAUCUGAUGCAUAUUUUAUGAACCUAUAGUUCAUAAAAGAGAAUAUUUUAAAAAACUGAGAAAGGCUUUACCCAAUAUUACUAAAUUACAAGGAUAAUGUUAGACAAAUUACAUUGCUCACCUCAUAUCAUAGUUAAAUUGGUGGCAUUUGAAAAAUUUAUUUUGGCAGAACACUAUUUAAAAUGUGACUACAUAUUUGGCUUUCUUCAAAAAUGCAUUUUAUUGGAAUUUCAGGCCAGCUUGAUGAAAUUUAUCCAUAUAAAUUUUCUGGUAUUUAUUUCAGUAACCUUUUUCUCUGUGUGUCAAUUAAUUUGAUCUAUGAUUGAACAAGAAAAAUCAUAUAUAUACAUAACAUUGAUGUUACUGUCAUUUUUUAAAAAUCUAAUUCGUACUUUGUAACUUUAUCCAACUAGAAUGAAUUUUUCCGCCAUUUUCACAAUAUUUAGGGUUCAGUAAUUACAAAAAAAUGUGUCAUUAACAUUUUUGCCUAAUUUGGUUUUAUUAUCUAUU